AACUUUAUGACAUAUCCUAAUUGACACAGUAGAUAACCAAGAUUCAUAGACACUACAUUUUGCCUUUCAUCGUGUUUGGAAAGGCAACUAAAGGCAACUAUGGCGUCCAUUGUUUUCCGGUGCACAGUAGUGUGGCUUUUGGCAGCUGCUCAAGCAUGAGCCAGGCCACACGACCAAAGUGCUGGAUGGCUUUUGGAUGAGUAACCCAAAGACGGAGUCCAACGAUGAAGAAGAGGCAGUGAAAAAGUACUGGUUGGGUAUUGAUCAACACUCUGCAACCAUCAUCACCACCAAAUCCACUGGAGAGGAUGUCACAAAUGGGAAUGCUGGCGCUUGUGAGGAGAUGUCCACAAGCAGUCGGAACACUGCGCUCUUGCAUCGUUCCUUCUCACCAGAAGAGGGCAGUAAAGGCAUAUUACCUGAAGAAAACAUCAGUAAAGAGGAAUUCGAUGCAAAAUAUCAACAAUUGGAAGCACUUGGAAAAGGUGGCUUUGGAUUUGUGUUUGCAGGUCACAGAAAAUCGGACUCUUUACCCGUGGCAAUCAAACACAUUCCUAACAACAGCGUGGAGGAUGAGUUACAGAAGUAUGAUACCCCGUUAGAAGUCGCCCUCAUGCGGAAAGCAGCAGGCGGACCAGAAGCAAUCGGAAAAUCGGCUGCUGUCUCUCUCCUGGACUGGUACUAUCUGGACAAAGAACUCAUCCUGGUCAUGGAAAGACCAAUCCCGUCUAUGGAGCUUUCAGAUUACCUCAUAUCCCGCGGAGGCUCGAUGGAUGAAAACGAGGCCAAGAUCCUUCUAAAGCAGUUGGUGGAUGCCGCCAUUGACCUGCACAGUAAAGUUUUGUACAAAGGAAACCCUUCUGGAAAUUCCGAGGUACCCUCGAACUAGCCCCCCCAGAGUGGCAUAUACGCAAAAAAUUCAAAGCUGGUCCCACUACAGUAUGGCAGCUGGGAGCCCUACUAUACCGCCUCCUCCACGGCAACAUGUUUCAUACCAUGGCCUUCGUUAGCAGCAGAAUAGGCCUCAGCACUGAGCUAU